AUGGCUGACCUCAACACCACUGAACAAGCUCCAGCGGCCGAACUCGUCAAGCGCGAUGAGGCUGUAGCUUUAGCUCCCGAAGUUCUUCCAGCUAGCGACCAGUCGGCGGCCGCUCCCGCCGCGGCACCCACCGAGACCGUCACCCCGACAGAAGCCGAGCCUCAAGUGGUUCAGCCCACGGAAGAGACUCCUGUUGAGCAUUGUGAGACUGUCAAUGAUGCUGCCGCUCUCCCAGCUGCGGCUGCAAUCAAUCCCGCUGCUCAUGUCCCUGAUGGGGCCACGCCCCAGGAGCCUUCGGUCGAGGAACAGCCCGAAUACCUGACCAAGAUCGCCGGCCUGACCCAGUUCUUCGAACAGCUGCCUCAGAUCCUGACGGAGACGGGACACCAAGAGAUGUGGGGUGUGGUCCUCAAGAAUCACGAGGACGUGCCCACCGUGAAUGUGCUGAUCAAGUUUCUCCGUGCCAACGAGGGCAAUGUGCAGGCGGCCCAGGAUCAGUUGCGCAAGGCCCUGGAAUGGCGCAAGGAGAUCAACCCCAUUGCACUGGUCGAGUCCGGCCGUUACAGUGCUGCCAAGUAUGACGGCCUGGGCUACCUGACCACAUAUGAACAGGACGGCCGUCCUCUGGUCUUCACCUGGAACAUUUACGGCGCUGUCAAGGAUGUCAAGAAAACCUUUGGAGACUCGAACGAAUUUGUCAAAUGGCGUGCUGCUCUGAUGGAGAUGGCCGUGCAGGACUUGAAGAUGAAGGAUGCCACCGAGGUCAUUGACUACGACGGCAAGAAGGACCAUUACCAGAUGAUUCAGGUCCACGACUACCUGCACGUCAAGUUCUUGCGCAUGGAUCCCGUCGUACGCGCUGCGACCAAGCAGACCAUCGAGGUCUUCUCGACUGCCUACCCGGAGCUCUUGCGCGAGAAGUUCUUCGUCAACGUCCCGUCCAUUAUGGGUUGGAUGUUCUCCGCCAUGAAGCUUUUCCUCAGCCGGAACACAACCCGCAAGUUCCACCCCAUCGCUAACGGAGCCAACCUUGCCCGUGAGUUCCCCUCGGCCAUUGGAGAUCAGAUCCCCAAGACCUACGGCGGAAAGGGCGCCGAGCUCAGGGAGGGGGCACGCACUGUGCAGUUGGUUGAGGAUGAGGUGGAGCCUGAGGCGGCCCAGAGUGAGAGCCAGCCUACUCAGGCCUCAUCUGAUGUGGUUGCGCCCGCCGUCCCCGAGAAGGUUGAGCAGCCUGUCGCCGAAGAGGCCACUGCCCCCGUCAGUGCCCAGCCGGCCAUGCCUGAGGUACUGACCAAGGAUGCCGCCGUGACGGAGGAGGAGAAGCCUGUGAGCGAGGUGGCCAAGUGA